AUCAUCGCUGCCGAACCGGCAGAACCGAGAGAUUGCAAUCUGAAUCGCGUCCAGAGCAACAGCAACGGUGUUUGCGAUAAAACACUGUCACGCAGCAGUGCCGAGCGCAUCAACAUCAACACCAGCACCACCAUGCCGAGCAAGCAGACGAAUGACGUGUUGGCGGUGGAGGAGCUGGUACACGAGAUCCGCGAAAACCUGCGCCUGAAAGCGAAACCUGCUCACCAGGCGACGCGAAGUUCCCGCCCCUCGCCGUACCACAUACCCUGCCGAUCGUGGUCGGAGCCCGUGUGCGGAAGCGGCUCGGAGAAGGCGAAGGCGGCGAACAAGGCGAAGACGAAAGGUGAAGAGACGAUAGACGAUCCGUACGAGUUCCUGCAAACCCUGCUGAAAAACAAGAAUCUCGUGAAGGAAGCCGUCCGCCGGUUGCAGCACGGUCUGUCGCCCAAGCAGCGAUACUUUUACGAGAGCGAUGAGGAGUCAUCGCGAUCACCGAUCGUGGUCAUGUGUCAGCUAGAAUCCUAAAGAGUAGUGU